CUUGAAAAAAAGCGCGGGGAAGGACGUUAGCGGUCACGACUCCUUGAUGACCUCUGUCUUGGAACUUGAACUGUUUGUGCUUUGUUGAAGGUUGGAUUAGGACGCGGUGUGGAGUCCAUCCCAUACUCAGAUUCCAACGUGUAGGUGCCUUCCAGGAGUGCCAACAAUAUAAGGCAAACACAAAGUGCCUGCUGCCAUCCGUCUUCGUACGUGAAAGGUACGCUUCUCAUGGUAUAUUACAUGUGUGAACUUUUGUGUGAAAUUCCUUAGAAGCUACCGUCGAUUUAUGCCACAGAAAGAAACACCUCACAUCUGGCAGCGGCAUUAGAGGGGCCCAGAAGGGAGGGAUAGCAUGAAUAAAAUUUGAAUUUAGAAAAAAAAAUUGAGGAAGUACUAUAUACAAAAAUGGCUUGUGUCAAACAUCGACGUCUGUACACGUAUCCUGGUAAUAAACCGCAAGAAAGCAAUCAAUUGAGAACGGGCGCUUCAUUGUUGCUGGGUGAAGUGUUCCGUUGGGCUGUGCAGUUCCUUUCUGUUGCUACUCGUCCAUCGUAUGGAGAUAGAACGGUCCGAAAUCGGGUACGAGGCGAAAAGCAGGGGUUUACGAUAGAGUAUAUGCCAGAUAAGGUACCGCUCAAAGUCAGAAUAUCCCUCUGAACAGCUCCUGCGUGUGUAGCACAGCAGUAAAGAGGCACCAGAGUGCGAGGCGGAACGUCGAACCGAGAAAGAAAUUGAGACGUCGAGUCCAACAGUCAACUGCGGUUCGGAGCGUCGGUGGUUCGGGUAAAAACGCCAUUGCACUGAAACGCGUCUCCAACCAGCGAUACACAUCCACCUGCACCUAGCAGUUCUACGGCACUGACCUCCACUUUACCAAUGCAGCAUGCAGCCAAGAGAACACUGCGCGUUUCGUAGUCCUAUCCAUCGGAACUGCUUUCCUCGCCAAGCGGCUAAGGAACACUGAGAUCCUGCGGGCCUGCGAGAGAGCGGUGUUGAAGACUCUCGCACGACCUCCUCUCCACGGCUUUGCCCUUUCGUGUGCUCCCCCCAUUCCCCUGUGCGAGAGCUGGUACAGACUCCCUCGCAGCGCUCGCUGGGCGCCUCAUUUACUGUGAAGCAGCCAAACGCAAGUGGUGCCUCACGAGCUCCUUACUCGAUCCAAGUGUUGACAUCCCGCUAUAGUCGCUUGCUCUUGCACCCGUGCUGUCUUCGCUCUGUCUUUGAAUAUCUGAACACCUGACAAAUGUAUUCGGGUGAUUGUAGUCAGCUGAGAUACGACUGAUCGUUACACACACAAAAAAGUUUCUUCAUUAUCUUCUGUUGGUGACGACUUCGGGUAGAAGUCAAGAAGGCAGUAUGGCGGAAUUACUAUGUCUGGAGAAUGACGUGGAUACACACGAGAGGCCCGAGGGUCAGAGCCCUGUGAGCUCUUAUAUGGACCCGUCCAUCUUCGACAAUGACCGAGUGAUGGAGAAUCUGCUCAGGUCAGAGGAGCGCUACACUGUGAAUCCCCGAUAUUUCACCUGUGUGCAAACGGACCUUACACCAUCCAUGAGGAAGACUGUCGCCCAGUGGAUGCUCGAGGUGUGUGAAGAAGAACAGUGCCGUCCAGAAGUAUAUCCCCUUGCCAUGAACUGUUUGGAUAGGUUUCUGUCCGUGAUUUCUAUCCGCAAAAGCCAACUCCAGUUGACUGGAGCAGUGUGUAUGCUCCUGGCUUCAAAGUUCAGGCAAACCAAGCCUUUGUCCCUAGAGAGGUUGUGCAUGUACACUGCGCAUUCUGUCACAAGGGAAGAGAUUAUGGACUGGGAACUUCUAGUAGUAGCCAAGUUGAAAUGGGACCUUUCUGCCAUUAUCCCCAACGACUUCGUCGACCUCUUCCUACACAGGCUACAGUUGCAGCGAGACUCUCAAUCCAACAAAGCCAUAAGGAGCCACACACAAAUAUUUAUCACGCUAUGCGCAACCGAGUUCGAAUUCAGCAUGUCACCUCCAUCCAUGGUGGCUGCUGCAGGCAUCAUCACGGCUGUUUCGGGUCUCGUAAAACUGACGUGGAACCAGAAGCGGGAACUCCUUCAAAGGCUAAACGAGAUUACCAGCAUAGAAGUGGAUUGCCUCCAGGACUGUCAGCACAGAAUCGAGCAACUGCUGACACGGAGCUGUCCCGAAUUGAUGAGGAACUCAGCAGCCGCAACAGGUGCAUCGGCUUCGGGGGACUACGUAGCGAAGGUGUCCUCGGACACGAACAACCUGGAGACCGAGACACCGGAGACACCAACUGAUGUGCAAGACGUUUUGUUUUAAAGCGGGGCAUCAUAUGGGGCGUCGUGACUGUGCGACAACGACGUGCAGCUUGACGGAGGUCUUCUACCUGCUCCUGGACUACACAGAUGGCAUUGUUAUCCUUCUACGUGUCCUACUAUUGGUUUACCGACCGUGCAUGAACCAAGAAAAACUGUUUUUCAAUGAGGCGUCCAGAUGGAAGGAAGAUGCAGUGAGGAUACUACUGCAGUUUUGGGCCGGGUGCAAAGAUCACGAGCGACUGAAAACGGGUGUCAACAUCUUGUGUGGAACUCUUGUUGUGUGCGAACUGUAUUCAGAGAAAACAAAAAAAGACUUGCGGUCUGCAAGGGCUUGCAAGGUGAAGAGGGCUAGUCAACGAUGGACAAACUUUUUAUAUAAACUGGAAACAAUUUUUAAGUGGUGCGCAACUCAUACUGACUCUGCGCAGCGAUUUACCACGGGUUACAAUGAAUUUUCAUGCAUACCUCUAUGUCAAGAGUGUUUUCUUUUUAUUUUUCUUUUUUCGGUGUGACUGGUUGUAAAGAUAGUGAGAAAUGGCGGUUGAUGCUUGUGUUAGGUUGUUUGCAUUGAACUCAAGAGGGAGGCGGAAGAAAAGAGGAUUGUCACAAACAGUAGACAAGUAAGGAAGCGCAUGUGGUACACACUUCUGCUGUAGUAGCCUUUGGGUAUUAGGAGGUUUUGUUAAUUUCGCUUGUCCCUAUUCUUUUUAUAUCGUUUGGUAGUGCCACUUCUCACGUGUGAUGUUAGUUUCAGCGAAUGAAAAGCGUGAGUUACUUAAUACCACCUCUAUAUCUAGAUCAGCAGCAUCGACAGUGUAUAACAGAUGAUUCUCGUGUCGUCUGCCUUGACUCCCUCCCUCAGUUUAACAUAGUUGAUAGUCAUUCUGGAAUACCUCACAUGCUAUGUAAUUUAUCGAAUGUACUGUAUUAUUUAAAGCAGGACCUUUGCCGGGUAGGCAAGCCGCACCAAAUUUCUUAGAAAUAAUCUGUAUUAUCUGAUGUCUUCCCAUGCAGCCGUUUUGAUUUUCUUUUCUUUUCGUUUUGUCUUUCGACAUUUGUUCUGGGUGGUUAAGAUGCCCCCCGGCAAAAUAUGCUGGUCAUAUCUUCGCAUGUAUUAUGUUCUAGUGAGUCUAAUCCUACAAUUUCCUACCCACCCUUCACACACACAUAAAAAAAAAAAAUUAUCGGGGCUCUUACGCAUCCAUGAUGGGCUAAGUCCGCUGCGAAACAAUUUGUGAUCUUUUAGGCUUGCGGUCGUACGCGAGGUGUUCUCUUUUUAUACAUGAGGCCUCGACGCUAUUUAUUUGUCCUCUUUCGGCCUUUAUCAUAAUAUGGUUUCCUGUUUUGUGUUUUGUUAGUACAACAGACGGUCCUAGUUCAAACAAUUUUUGGGGACAGCAUUCCAGACCUGUUGCAUUACAGCGGUCAAUGAUUAUGCAACCGAACCUCACUUGGUAUUAGCCUGUGUCCCUUGUAUUAUGUAUUAAAUUAUAGUAUAUUUUCAACAUAUGUCAAGAAAGAUGUUUCUUGUUAUGAUACUGCUAUUCAGCCAGAAAUUCUCAGGUACAAGAAAAAGAGGUUUUCCCAAGACACGACAGUAUAUAUAAUGGCAGCAAUAUUCUCCCAGUGAGACAAUGUGAAUCCCUCCCCCCUUUUCCACUUUUAUUUUGAGGUUUUGCUUGACUUAUGAAUAUGCCGCAUUCAACAUAUCAAUGCAGAGAGUAAUACUAUACAAAGCAUUACAAAGCGGUCUGUUUUUGAGUGCUUCCAUUUUUUUUUUUUUCACUCUGUGUUAAGUGUCUUCCUGAACCUCAUGUGUUUUGUAAUUUUCUGUGCAAAGAAAAAAAAAGUGUAACAUGGUAUUCGUGCACGUUAUACAUACCGUGAUGCGGCAUAACACAUGCAAUGCAAUAAACCGUAAACGGAAAGAACA